GUCACGUUUCUACACGGAGGGAGUUUGGGAAUCCGCAGUGUUACCGGAAGUAGCGUCUCACUGGAGGUCACACUCAAAGCAGACCUGCAGGUGCCAGAGGAUGGCCAGGAAGAAGACUGUACGCCCCAUUGCAGAGCUGGCUCGCAAAGUCAGAGAGUACCGUGCUCUGAAAGAGCGACCCCGCGACUCGCAGAAGUAUGCCCUGGACUAUGACACCAUGACACGGCCAUACUCGGGCAGGAAGCUGCCUGUCCUGGCCUGGCAGGACGUGAAGCGUGAGAGUCGCCUGUUCUCCUUGCUGAGCGGCUUGCGGCUCUUUGGGGUUGGCCGUCUCUUCACCCGCAAGUCCUGGCUGUUGGAGCACGAUGAGCCUUGCUAUUGGAAGAUCACCAAGGUCAAGGCAGACUACACCGCCCAGAAUAUGGACCAUGGGAAAGCCUGGGGCAUCCUGACCUUCAAAGGGAAGGAGGAGAAGGAGGUGAAGGAGGUGGACAAAGUGAUGUACCACGACUGGCGCUUGGUGCCAAAACACCAGGAGGAGGAGCUCACACGCUUUGUUCCUGUAGCCGAUUCAGCACCACGCUUUGUGCCAUAUCCCCCUCUGCUUCGUGCCAUGAUCCUGGCAGAAAGACGCAAAGAGCAUCAGUCGCUAGAUAAGGAGCCUGCUAUUGACUUGCAGAAAACUGUCCCACUUAAGAAGGACUUUUUCCUGAGACUGCAGGAGGAGCAGCAGAGCAUGGGGACUUCGGUGUGAGGCAGAGCACAGAGCUGUGUGUUUGCAUUGGCUCCUACUGGAGGAGAGAAGAGGCCAGCAGUGAAACUGUACAUGUGUUCUGCAAUAUGCUGCGUCAGGAAUGAAAAUAACUUUUGUUUAUCAUCUGAUUCAGAGAAUCAUUUUUCAGAAAAUGUGUGUGUGAUAAACAUUUCCGUUUAAUAAGUAUUGGCCACGUGUUUCUGAUUUGUCAUAGACAAAUGUAUGAGUGUUUCAGGCCUAUGUCUGUGAUUAAAACGUUCCUCGUUCAAA